GCGAGCUUACAGACAAUGUUGUGCAAGGUUUAAAGAGAAGAGAGCCGUUUUGUUUGAUUCCAGUCUUGUACUUGACACGACGACACACGACGUGAUGGCAACGGUUACAAGACAGAACGUGAAGAGGAGGUGUUUGACACUGAGACAGAAAAUCGAGGUCAUCAGAGAGUACGAGAAGGGCGGCAGAGGGUCGAGGAAACUGGCGAAGCAGUUCGGCGUGGGGAAGACUCAGAUAGAGAACAUCGUCAAGAGAAAGAGAGAGUACCUAGACGACUUCGCCAACAACGUGCCAGAAACCAAGAGGAGAAACUGCACCACGGGCUAUGAGCAAAUCAAUGAAUUGUGUUUGAGAUUCUACCGUGACAGAGCAUCACGAGGUAAGUCCUGUAAUGGGCCAAUGUUGCAGGGAGCGGCUUUGACCUUCGCCAAAGACCUGGGCGUGACUAGUUUCAAGGCAUCCAACGGGUGGCUGGAGUGUUUCAAGAGGCGCCACAAUAUCAGUGCCAGAAGCAAGCCGAGUGGCGGUGAUCGCGUAGACAAGGCGGUAGUCCGGACGCCACGGGAUCCCAGUACCACAGGUGAACACAUAUCUCCGGAGAACUGGGAACGUCCAGACAUCGGUCUAAGCAAGGAAUCAACAGAUAGCUACCACCUAGACGAUGUGUUGGUCUCAGAUCGUGACCAGAAAGAGCUUAGUAUCACAAGCGUACACGUAACUUCGGGCAAUUCUGAUGUAAACGACAGUAACGCCGAGAGCAUUGCAACGGCCGAGAAAGACCAGGCUAACGGGGGAGAGGAAAGCGACCUACCAACCGAAACACUACCAGACGUGGCGACGGUGAAAAAGGAACCAGAAGAGGGUGAAAAUGCAAUGGAGGAGGACAACAGUCUUGAAGAUAUAUGUACUGGUCCCAUCAAUAACCUCAGCAUGGCAAUAAAGGCUGUGAACGACCUGAAACUUUACUGUUUGAAUGAAGGCCUGGGUUCUGAACUGUUUACGCUUUCUGAACUAGAAAAUCGCUUCAUCUCCUUGUGGAUGGAAAGACGGACAUCGACUGCUACGACAUAGGGCAAAUGGAGGACUUCUUUACAAGAAAGCAAGGUCUGGAGUGUCGAUGCUGUUUUCCUGUUUGUUAUCUUGUACAUUAUAUCAACUGCACUUUUGAUACCUUUUCCCUUGGUCAUGUCACUUUGUAAAUGUAUGGGACUGUGUACAGGUAGUUCUUUUAAAGCGUCGAUUUUUAUAUGAAGGUUUCUAGUAAUAUAUACUUUUGUUAGUUAUAGUAUGGCCUCAUUCCCAUUGCAUGUUGCACGUACCUUGUCAAGUCGGACGACUCUGUCACAGCUUGUGUCUGCCAUUCCUGUAGUCCAUAGAGCAACAUGUACAUAGUUAACGAACGUUAACAAAACACAAAUUAAAACCGUGUUUUCAAUGUAAAGCUUCGCUGUUACAGUUGUGGGAACGGGGAGGAAGGAUCCUCGGGGCUUGAGAGUGUGACAUUUUUACUUUUCUUUUUCCUGUGACUUUAUAUUUUUGCCUUCGUAAAGUACACAUGUACAACCCA